AUGGAAGGAUUCUACUCUGCUCCAUCAUCUCCAGAACCAGAACAUUACUGGGACGCUGCAACAUCAUUAGAUCAGGAGUUGAGCUCGAGCGAGGAUGCUGAAAAUGAGGCUAAUGAGACCCUAAAAGGUGAUUGGUCAGCUGCUAAGGAUGUACUUGAUAAAUAUCCAGAUGCCAUUACAUAUCCCAUAACAAGACACAAGGAUACAGUUCUUCACAUCGCGGCUGCAGCAAAGCGCACCGAUUUUGUACUAGAAUUGGUAAAAUUGAUGAAUCCAAGCGACUUAGAAAUAAAAAAUAAACAAAACCAUACAGCCAUUUGCUUCGCUACUGCAUCAGGAAUCGUGGCAAUUGCGGAGGAGAUGGUGAAUAAGAACAAUGAACUGCCGCUGAUUCGUGUUAGUAAUGGAUCAAUCACGCCGCUUUACAUGGCAGCUUUGCAAGGACGUAGAAACAUGGUGGCUUGUCUAUACUCUGUCACUGCUUUUGAACGUUUGACUCCUCUUGAACGCAUUGACAUCCCGGUUGCUUCUAUUUCCAGUGAUUUGUAUGAUAUAGCAUUAAAAAUUCUGAAAAGAGAUCCAGCAUUGGCAACAAUGGAGAAUACAUAUGGGAAGAUAGCAUUGCAGGAGCUAGCCAAAAAACCUUAUGCAAUCGGCAGCAAAAAUCAGCUAUCCGUCUUGGAAAGAUGCUUAAACUCCUGGCCCUUCCGAGGGAUCUACAGCAAAGCUUUGAUGCAUACAAUAGCCCAUCAAUUAGUUGAUCUACUCUGGGAAAACUUUCGACAAUUGCCAAAGAGAGACUUCAGAAAGCUGGUUCAUGACCAUUCCUCUUUUCUUUUUGAUGGUGCAAGAUCAGGGAAUGUUGAGUUUCUAAUUAUACUUAUACGCUUCUAUCCUAAUCUCAUAUGGAGCGUAGACCAGAAUAAACGUAGUAUAUUUCACCUUGCUAUUAAAUAUCGGCAAGAGAAUGUAUUCAAUCUAAUAUAUGAGCUAGGUGCUAUCAAGGAUAUCAUCGCACUCUACACUGACCAAAACAAUAACAACAUGCUGCACUUAGCCGCGGAAAUAGCUCCUGAUAUUCCAAACCGAUUAAAUAUCGUAUCAGGAGCAGCACUUAACAUGCAACGAGAGCUAUUGUGGUUUAAGGAGAUAGAAACCAUUGUGCAAUCUUCAUACACGAAGAAGGUGAAUUUAGAUCUAAACAAGAAUCCCAGGGAGUUAUUUACAAUCACACAUGAACAUUUACAGAAGGAAGGUGAAAAGUGGAUGAAGGACACAGCAAACUAUGGCAUGCUUGUGGCGGCACUGAUUGCCACGCACUACAACACAAUUGCUUUUUAG